AUGUCACCGCUAGUGAUCGCUUUCAUUUGCCUUCUCGUUGUCUACCUGCUGUUUAAAGUCUUCCUAAAGCAGCGCCUUUUGGCUUUCAUCAUUGGAAAAUGCACUCCCUUCAGUAACAAACUGACAGGCCCAUACAAGCGAGAAUUGUUCGCCUCUUUGUCUGGCAUCAGAGGUGAAGUUCUGGAACUAGGCAUCGGCACAGGUGCAAAUCUUGCCUACUACCCAGAUGGUAUUGAAAUAGUAGGUUUGGACCCGAAUCCCUACAUGAGCCCAAAGUUAAAGGAAGCCCUUCGGAAACACCCUGAAGUAAAGCUGAAGAAAAUGCUUGCAGGGAAAGCAGAAGACCUGAGUGCAGUUGCUGAGGAUAAUAGUUAUGAGGCGGUGGUGGAGACAAUGAUGCUGUGCUCGGUUGUAGAUACAAGCAAAUGUCUGAGUGAGAUCAAGAGAGUGCUGAAAGAGGGUGGGCGAUUCUACUUCUUGGAUCACACUGUUGAUCCACAGAGCUUUUGGAUGAGGUGUGUGCAGUACCUCUUGAUGCCCCUGUGGUAUCCUCUCUUUGGCUGCUCGAUGAUUAUGAAGACAUGGCAGGAUAUUGAGAGAGCGGGAUUUAGCAAUGUCAGCUACAAGAAACUCUAUCUCACAAAAUCCUUUUUUCCAUUUAUCCGAGCGUACAUCAUUGGAUAUGCUGAGAAGUAGAUCCAAUCGAUGUUGGAAUGAUGAGACUUCAAUGGGUCUUGACUUGAUCAGAAUUGUGGUUAUAUGAAUUUUUUCUCGAUUUUGUUUAGUAUUCAAAGAGCACAUGCAUGCAUUUGUGUGUGGUGGUUGCCAUGUUUGUAGUCAACUGAUUGUGGUUUUGAAUGUAGUGUAUGUGGUUGCUACUGUCAGACAUUAAACAACAGCUGCAUGAUGCACAUAUGGCAACUUAUUUCUAUGCUAUGACUGCA